AGGCUAACCAGCAGUCAGUCUGUGGUAUGGGAUGGGCGUUGCACACUACCGAGGACUGCUCACAAAAUGAUCCCGACUAUUACUAUGGACAACGAUACGGACAACAUCAACGUCUAUGGCGCGUACUUCGCACCGCUCAGGGCCAGCGAGGGCACGAAGAUGCUGAUAGACGGUCUCACAGGCGAGGACCUAGCUGCAGUACCGGAGCACUGGCACACCUACCCCUCUCCACCAGCCAGCGCCCACACGGCCCUAGCUCUCCUCUACUGCUUCUUCACAGCUGCAGCACUCAUUGGAAAUGGAAUGGUCAUAUUCAUUUUUCUUACAACGAAGAGUUUGCGGACAUCUAGCAACUUACUGAUUCUAAACCUCGCAAUUAGCGAUUUCAUUAUGAUGGCCAAAGCUCCAAUCUUCAUAUAUAAUAGUGCAUUGCGCGGCUUUGCUGCGGGACCCGUCGGUUGUCAAAUAUUUUCCGUAAUGGGUGCCUAUAGCGGCAUUGGAGCGAGUAUGACCAACGCUUGUAUUGCCUACGACAGACAUUCUACGAUCACUCGACCACUUGACGGGCGACUGUCGCAAGGGAAAGCUUUGUUGAUGAUAGCCUUUGUAUGGAUAUAUGCGACGCCCUGGUCACUUCUGCCACUGUUCAAAGUAUGGGGCAGAUUUGUACCAGAGGGCUACUUAACAUCAUGCACGUUCGAUUACUUGUCCAAUACUUUCGACACUAAAUUGUUCGUGGCCUGUAUAUUCACUUGUAGCUACGUCUUCCCUAUGACCAUGAUUAUAUAUUUCUACAGUGGCAUUGUCAAACAAGUGUUCGCACAUGAAGCAGCUUUGAGAGAACAAGCUAAGAAAAUGAAUGUUGAAUCUCUGCGCUCGAAUCAAAACGCCUCCGCGGAGUCCGCUGAGAUACGAAUUGCUAAAGCGGCUCUCACCGUCUGCUUCCUGUUUGUGGCGUCUUGGACGCCGUACGGGGUGAUGGCGCUCAUAGGAGCCUUCGGUGAUCAACGACUUCUCACACCCGGGGUAACUAUGAUACCAGCCGUAGCGUGCAAAACUGUAGCCUGCAUCGAUCCUUGGGUUUAUGCAAUCAGUCAUCCCAAGUACAGGCAAGAGCUUCAGCGUCGCAUGCCUUGGCUUCAAAUCAAUGAGCCCGAUGACAAUGUUUCAAACACUACUAACGGCACUACCAAUUCUACGGCUGCGCCUACCGCCUAAUAGUUACGGAUUAACGACGAACAAUGCGAAACCAUGGACUAUGAAUAUGACGGAUAUUAAAAAAGCAAAUGUUAAAAAUAAAAAAAAAAAUGCAAAGGCAUCUACGGAGUACUUUUGUUCGUGGCCUUUUUUAAAUAAUGAGCCAGAUAAGACUCUGGCUUCAGUUUUUUUUUAUUAUUAUAAGCUCAAAACGAGGUCUUAGUUUUAAGUGGCGAUACAAUAAACUUACGACAUGGCUAUGAUAACGGACAUUGAUAAUUAUGAAGUUCAAAAUGUAUGUAAAAAGAUAAUAAAAUAUAUGAGCAUGAUGAAAA